AUGGUUGUCAAUGAAAAGUUGUCAAAGGAGGAUGGAGCAGAAUUGCUAGAUGUAUCAAUCUACAAAAGCCUUGUUGAUUCCUUGAUUUAUCUCACCAACACAAGGCCAGAUAUUGUUCUUGCUGUGAGCAUUGUUUCAAGAUACAUGAACAAGCCAAGUAAAGUUCAUUUUGGUGUAGCAAAGAGAAUACUCAGAUAUGUGAAAGGAACCAAAAACUUUGGGCUGAAAUAUGAAAGUGAAAAUGACUGCAAGCUGGUUGGAUUUUCAAAAAGUGAUUGGGCUAGUUCCAUAGAUGACCGAAAAAGCACAAUUGGAUAUAUUUUCUCUUUGGGAAGUAAAGUGAUUUCUUGGUCAUCUAAGAAGCAAAAUAUUGUGGCACUUUCUUCAGCUGAAGUAUAA